AUGAGGAAAAGGGCCUGCGACUCGUGCUAUCAACGCAAGAUUCAAUGCGAUGCUGCCAGUCCCCGAUGUGACUGGUGCAGGCACCAUGACCUGCCCUGCACCUUCAACCGCCCCAUUUCUACUCGCAGGCGGGGCAAAGCCAAAAAGUGCGUUGUCGCUAACGGCCGCGUCAGGUCUCUCCUUGCAGAGCGGGCUCAAGCUGCCACCGACGCUUCUACGCGGCCGAUGCUUGUUUUCGACAACAUACCUUCACCGCUGCCGGACCAACCAAUCAACUGGGCGGCCCCAUUCACCCCUUCCUCUGCGGCCGACACCACCAGCACCACGACGUAUGGUACGCCCGACACCAGCAGCCUAGUGACUUCGCCCAGCUAUCAGCUGUCGGACCACUUCGUGGACUCCCCUAUCCGGGCCGAGUCCCCAGCGGCCGCACAGGGCCCCGUUUUCGGAAAGCUUCACUUUGCCGGCCGUCACCUUGGUGACAUCAGUACCCAUAACGGCAUUCCGUUUCUCUCUGCUGAAGGUCAAAAAUGGGUAGCAACCCGCACCGGCGACAACUCUCCAUUCCAAGCCUUGGCCGGACCACCGUCGGCUCGGGCUCGACACGCUCUUCACCCGGCAUUUUUCUGCGCCAGUACCGCGCAUCUGUCUGGGCGCAUGGAACUACCGGAACGCCAUGUUGUGGAAGAAUGCCUCGAGAUGUUUGCCAAUAAUCCUUUCAAGCGCAUCUGGCCGGCUAUCGAUGCAGAGCUGUUCCGCCAGACCAUCCACGUGGCCUACAACGAGCAGGUCGGUCGGUGUUCACUUGAGUCCGUGGCCGCUCGGGCAUGCAUCUUUGGCUUCCUUGCACUCUUGGCACUCCAUCACAUGUACCCCAAGUCCAUGCCCUCCCUUGAUAGUGAGGAGUGUGCUGUGCAAGCGCAGUACUUGCUACCCCAGUCCCUCUACCACUUCCUACUUGGUCAACUGCAGAAGGCGGCCGUGUUCCACUCGGUCGCCUGCCGCAUGAUGUUCACGCUGGGCGCCAAUACCAUCGUUGUCCCGCAGCUGACGUCGCUUGCCGACAACACCUGGCGCGUCAAGAAUCAACUGCGCAAACUUUUCUGGAUGAUCUACUGCAAUGACAAGGAGAUCUCCCUGCGCACCGGCCAGCCCCCGUCUAUCAAUGACGAUGACUGCGAUUUGACCCUGCCGCAGGCCUACAUAGACUUCAAGUAUGUCGAUGACAUGCCCGAGUUCGAGCACCUACUUCUGGACGACACUGCAGUACCCCUGCUUCCGGGUGACAUUCGCCUGGAUAUGAUCAAGUCCAAGACGUACACCAUGCUGUACUCGGCCCGUGCCAUGCGCAAAACAGAUGCUGAACUCCUCCGCGACAUUCGUCAGCUUGAUGACGAAUUAGAAGCAUGGAGACUGUCGGUACCCCCUGGCUUCCGUCCGUCGUUGACGAUGCGUGAAGAACAAACACCCGAACUAUCGGAGCCACGCAAGAUGGAGCGGAUCAUGAUCCAUGUCGAGAUGGCCGUGUUUUACCCCAUUUCCGCCAUCUGGACUAUCUUCUGUAACAUCAUGCACAACCCGUUGCAUCCCCUUGCCGAUGUCGACCUUGAGCUGCUCAAUGCCGCGCCACUCCUGAUUAAGGAGAUGCGUCUCCGGCGGCUGGCCAGGGAUGAGAUGACGCAUAUGAAGAUGGUUGACGACUUCGCGGCGGAGUUGGCGCGGUUGGCGAACCGCGCGGUGUUGAAGGCGAGGCAGGAGAGCAUGUGA